AUGAUGUCAAGGAAACCUAUUUUCAACAGAAAACUUGGGCAAUUCGAUCGAUAUGUGUUUGGCGACAUUGUUUCGUCAAAUAAGAUGAUAACCAACUACAUUCGUUCUGGUGAUUUGGAUUCUGCGCUUAGGGUAUUCGAGAACAUGACUGUUAAAACCACAGUUACUUGGAAUUCAAUCUUGGCUGGCUACUUGAGGCAGGCCGGGAAAUUGAGAGAAGCGCGCCAACUAUUUGAUCGAAUUCCUGAACCGGAUACGGUCUCAUUCAAUACCAUGUUAGCUUGCUACUUUCAUAACUCGGAUAUCGAAAGCGCUCGAUGUUUUUUUGAUAGAAUGCCAGUUAGAGAUGCUGCAUCUGGGAAUACCAUGAUUUUAGGUCUCUCCCAGAAUGGGAAGAUGGCUGAAGCCCAUGAGCUCUUUAAGGUAAUGCCAGAAAAGAAUAGUGUAUCGUGGAGUGCCAUGAUUUCGGGUUAUGUGGAGGCUGGGUGUUUGGACUUGGCAGUGGAAUUGUUCCAGCAAGCUCCGGUUAAGAGUGUGAUUGCAUGGACAGCGAUGAUUAUUGGGUUUAUGAAGUCGGAGAAGAUUGAGUUGGCAGAAGAAUUAUUUAAAGAAAUGCCGCAAGGGAAUUUGGUGACUUGGAAUGCCAUGGUUGCUGGUUAUGUGGAGAAUGGUGAAGCAGAGACUGGAUUAAAGCUUUUUAGAAGGAUGGUGACAACGGGAAUCAGGCCCAACCAUUCGAGAAUGGUGAAGCAGAGACUGGAUUAA